AUGGACUUCCCGCGAUCCUGGCUCCCUAGCCGGCUCAACGAAGGCGACGAAGUCUCCCUCGACAAGCCCACCCCCUCGCGAUGGGUAAUCGGCAAACCGGUCAAUACCCAUAGCUACCAAUCUGAUGAGAGGAGGUUUAACUCUUACUUCCACAUGUCGGCUAUGAGCACGCGGACAAAGCUACCCUCGCCCGAGACGCAACAAAAUUCACCCCCCCCGGAGCUGGAUGCGUACAAAUACCUCACUGCUAAGCACUCGAGAAAUACGCCUAAACUGCUAGCAUACAAAAGGCGCACUCAGUUGAUCGAAGGACCAGUUCCUGGUGGACAUGUAACAUGGAUUGUGUGGGAGAAGGUUCCUGGGAAAUGCCUAGGGUGUCCCAGAUAUGCCUUUGUGUACUGGGAUAUGCCAUCUGAUGAACGAAAGCGUGUCCGAGAGGCCUUCCUUCAAGAGUUUCCUACGAUUUGGGAAAUGGGAUAUUUCCCCUUCAGGCCUAGCCCUGCCAGCAUGAUCUGGGAUAAUAAUACCGGUUCUCUUUAUUUCGUUGGGUUCCGGGAUUCGACGCAUUUCCAGCCCAAUAAUCAAUCUCGUAAACCGCUUAAAGCAUGGUUGCCAGAUUUUGAUCUUGCUAGGCCCCCUCAGAAAAACUUCAAGUGGAGAAUAGACUACACAGAAAAUAUGGCGGGGUGGAAACUUUGA